AUGAUUUCAUUAAGUACUACUUUAAGCAUCAUAUUUCAACAUUCUGUUACUAUCAUCCAACUAAAUAAAACAUUCUACUAUUUUACAAAAUCUUUAUCAACUACUCUUCGGUUAAGACAAACUACACGUCCUCGUGAACCACCACCAAGUGUAUUAAAAACAAGUGCAACAACAACAACAAUAACUACAGGGCAUGUAGUCAAAAAACAAUCAAAACUAAAAAAUUAUUUACAUUAUAUUGGCAAUUGGUUCGGAGAGAUAUGGAACGAUGAAGGAGUAAGAGCUGCAUGUUUUGGUUUGUUUCUUAUUGUACUUGGUAUUUGUGCAAUUGGCGGUGCAUUUUAUCUUAUUGCUUUAUUUGGUCCUCAAGGUCGAAAACCAAUGGGGUUUUAA